AUGACCGAACCUUUGCUCGGGAUCAUCCUGGCCACUUCGUCUUCGCGCGGCGACCAAAUCGUCUUUCGCUGGCCCAACAACCCCAGAUUGUCGAAGCGAUAUUCAAAAGUCAAGUACUAUACCGAUGCACGCCCCUCCCGCGUGAAUCGUAGCCAGCUCGACGACGAGCUCGACCCCGUGCGUCAAAAAGCAAAAUGGGACCAUCACGAUGAGGAUGACGACGAUAACGCAAACGGCCAAUCGGACGAUGCCGGUCAGAGCGACACCCCUUCUUCUUCUGACGUCGAGGAUUCCGACGGAACUCUGGCCGACGAUGACGAGAAUCGCUCUGUUCGUGACCGCGCAGAGACAGUAGCCUCUCACGGUCGAUCCAAAUCAGGCGCAGCGACGUCUGUAAGCCGCUCCAAAAGCAAGACUCGUCGACCGCUGCUGAGCAUGGAAGAGGCCUCGCAUAGCGUCAGGUCCAACGAUCGUCAGACUGCAGCUCACAAGGAUGUCACCGACGCCCACGACAAAGCUCCAGACUCGGACGCGGGCACGUCCAAAGAGCUCUCGCCCGAGGAGAGGGCGAAACGCGAGGAAAGAGCUGCCAGAGCCUACAAGACCUAUCUCGGGUACGAUAUCGACAUUCUCGCCAGCAUCCUCAACCCUCGAACUGCACUCGCCCACCAGAAAUUCGAACUAGUCGUAGACGAUCUCGCCUUCCUCGGUCACCCAGUGGCAGCACACCCCGAAAGAGGCUGGGACGAGGAGGGCAACGAAACGCUUCAGUCUGAUCGUGAUUCUCAAGGCGAAACGUCGACGGCUCAGUCACAGCAACGAGGUCGGUCAGGGCUUCGCAAGGAGAUUCGACCUUUUGACCCGCCCAAUGGCAUAGAUGGCUCUAACGAUGGAACGGACAUCUCGGCAAGCACCGGCGCCAAGUCUAGGCAUGCUUCACGGACGCGCAUCGAGAAGCCUGAUGACGCUCCCUCCUCACGCGCCAAAGCACCGCUGACUCAGUUCCACCUUGUCCUAGUUUUGGAUCGACCCGAUCCCUCUACGGCUUUGCCAACCAUGGACCUUUCUUCAUGGCUCCAACUGUUCUACGACAACAUUGUCUUCAAGAUGACCGCUGCACUCUUUGCCGAGCAGCAAAGAGUCGACUAUGUCGGCCGCGAGACUGAAAAGCUCCUCGCCCUCCGCGAACGGUGCAUGGAUGAUGGGCAGGCUUACUCUGCCUACGCGGCUCAAUGCCUCGGAAUAUCUUCGCUUGCUAGGUGCAUCCGCGACCUGUACAAGUGCAUCAGCACCUCGUCCGACGCAUUCCUUACGGUCAACGACAGCAUCGAGGUCCAUACUCAGCUCCCGCCUAUCCUCCAGGAUCCAACCAAUCUGCACAAGAUGAUCGACAUCGAGACCGAGCUCGACUCGAAUGACCCCAUCUUUCUCAGCGGCGGCGGCUUUGCAGGCCGCGGCAAGGAGAAUGCCCAAGAAGAUGGCACCGGCGGUACCUACGAUCGCUUACUCGCCAUGACACCAGCUCAGCUCAGCUUUGAGGAGUGGUGCCGGACUACCGGGCCAUAUCUCUUGCCAUGGAAGACACUUCUGCUCUUACAUGACCAAGUUGAUGAUGGUAUCACACCACCAGUCAUGGCCAGCUCAGGUCAGGCAGGGCUCGCCUCGCCGGGAGGCGGUGGAGUGCAGCCACACGAAGGAGACGGCGGCUUCGAACGGCUGACUCGCAACUUCAAGUCACUGUUUGUCCCCAGCCUGUACAACUCGCUCAACUUCGGCAAUGUCGCAGACAUGUUCGAGUGGAACCUUUACGACGAUGUGUAUCCUAUGGUCCGGCACUUGCUUUAUUACAAGCAGGCCAGAGUCAUCGACGUCCCGCGUCCUGGUCACGUCUACGCCAUUUCGCCUCUCUUUGACUUUGCGCGCCUCAGACCCCUGUCUCACGUCUGGGCCGAGACGUUUCCAGAUCUGGCCCCACUUCCAGUUUUUCUCUCACAGCUGUCAUCUUCGACGUCUCGCACGCUCAGCAACCUCUUGCCAGCCAGGCAUCAAAAGGAGCUUGCCUUGGAUGUGCUUAUCUGGCUCCUCCGUCGCGACGUCGUGGUCAAGAUGCAUGUUCGACUCCGACUCGUUGCCACUGAGAGCGUAAUGCGCCGCACAGCCGAGAGGAGAAGGGAAAGACACGAAAGGCAUCGCGCUAGGAAAGAGAAGAAGCGACAGAGAGCGGCAAAGGUUGAAGCGAAGCGCAUGCGCAAGUCGCAAGCCGAGGAACAGCAGAGACGGAAAGCGGCAGAGAAGGCGGCGCGUGCAGAGGCACUGCAACAAGAGCAGCAGCCAGGCUUGUCCGAGGAAAGAGGCAGGAGUAGGGAGAGGGAAACGUCAAACGACGUGGGCGGACCGGAUACAGCGCGGACAUCAGGGAGAGGACUCGCUGUCGAGAGUGAGGCUGUAGAUGCCAGCGCUGGUGGUCUUACUCAGGGAGAUGCACAAAACUCUGGGCUGAGCGUGUCGCGUCCUCCCAUCCUGGUCGACCCAGACAGCGUGGCAGAGGCUGCGGCUGUUGCAACCGCCAUCGCAGGCUCCGGUGAGGAGCGUCGAUCCGAUAGCCAUGAGCAUGGACGUCAACAUCAUCAUCACCACCAUCAUCACCACCACCAUCAUCAUCAUCGCCACCACCAGCGCCGUCAGCAGCACGCGAAUGAUGCCAGCACUGGCCCAGACUCCACCGCUGCAGUCUCCGACAAGGCGCCUAUCCCUAUCGCCCCACGACCAAAAUUCGACGAGCUCAAAUUCGAACGUCGACCUGUGCUCCGCUCCCGCUCGCCGUCUACCGCGAUGGUGGCUGCAGGAGGCAGCACCGGCCUCUCUGUCAGCUUUGGUAACCUGAGCGAUCGCGGCGAGCUCAUACGCAGAGCGCGUGCAGACACAACCGGCUCAUCGUCGUCCGGCGGAGGGCUUACAAGGAGCAGGACCCGCGGCGAAGGGAUGAGCAUGACGCCGACGACGUCGCAACAGAGUCGACCGAAUACUCCGAAUGUGGUGGGUCGAAACAUCCCUUCGCACAUCCGGGAUCGUUCAACUGGAGGCGACAGGUCGAACAUGUCAUCCAGUGCGGAGGGUGGCAGCAUCCCGCGUCGUGCGAGACGGGCGACCAGUUCAGCAGGGUGGGGCGGUCGGAGAGGCGUAGCGAGAUCUAGGUCGCCUUCGCGAGCGAGGAUGAGAAUUAAGGGUUUUGGUGCUGGUGCCGAGGUCGAAAUUGAUGACGAGGGCGAGGAUGAGGCGGAAGAGGUGAUAGGGAUGGACGAGGAUGUCGAGGAGCGUGAAGUGUCGCGAGAUGCAGACGAGACCGGAGCUAGUCAGCUUGCAGCGAAGCUCAACGCUCUACAGGUGGAUGAUAAGGGCAAGAUGGCAAAGAGACGAAUCUCGACCGCGAGCGAGAGACCUGACAUUCCACCGCCGAGCGAGAGCAAUAACAGCGAUGGUGUUAGCGAUCGCGCGAGUCGAUGCGGCUGCUCGAGACACAACUCGACCCACUCGUCUUCGUCGUCGUCAUCAUCGUCCUCGGGCGACAUAUCGUCAUCCGACCUUUCGCUCUCCUCCGAUCUCGAAUCGGAUCCUUCCGCCUCCGAGUCGGACAGUCACCUUCGUCAACAUCGUCCAUCACCAAACUCUUCCUCGUCCCUCUCACCCACCUCGUCGCCCAACCUCGCACACUCUCGUCCGCAUCACUCUCGCCACUCGACGUUUUCGCGCACCACCUCGACGCACGCAGCCCCCGCUGUCGCUGAAACAUCCAGCACGUACGCCGACAGCCUGAUCGUCGAACCGGCGCGCGCCUCCCGCCGCGAGAAUGAGUACAUCGCCACGAUGGUGGAGAACAAAGACGCGACCACCACCAAGCUCUUCUUCCGCCUCUUGCCGUAUCUGAACGGCAAACAUACGAUCGAUGAGAUCGAGUACAGGGUGGGCAUGAGGAGGAGGGAUAUAAGAAGGUUGUUGAAGACGUUUAGGGAGUUUAUUGUUACUUUUAUGCAUCCGUGA